AUCGUUGUUACCGCCGAUCUGUCGCCGGCAGAUGGCAAAACCAUUACUUUUAUCUCGAAUUUACCCUGAUUCAUUGGAUUGUUGGUCGUUCCUGUUCCUUCUAUCUAGGGUUUCAACUCCGGCAUAGAAAGGAUCUGAUUUGGUUAAUCAAAGCCCUUUUUUGGAGACACAUUGUAAAUUUGAAUUGGUGAGGGAGGAGGAGGAGUUACAGCCGUCCGAUUGGGGUUUGAACCGAUUGAAGCGGAGUUCUCCAAUCGGAGAGGAUGGCAAAAAGUUGGCUUUUGGUUGAAAAGGCGAGAAGAUGUUUGAGGACGGUGUUUUUCAUGGUUGCAAUGUUGGCUUCUCUACUAGUUUCGUCGUUGCCGUUGUUAGUAGCUAUAGGUGAUGUGUUGGUCCCGAGCUUCUUGUUGUCGAGCUUUACUUGCGUGACGUGUUACGGCGCCAAGGAGCAUCUGAGGCGAUACGGUUUCAAGAGAUCUUUAACUGAUAUUCCUAUCGUCUCCGUUGCCAGAUCUUUCCUUGUCAUCUGUGUCUAUUUGCUCUCGGACGUUCCUGCCCUCUCGCACGGUCCUUACCUAGGAACUGUCUCUCUGUGUUCUGUAGUUUCGGUUCUUCUUCUGUCAGUUAAAGCUUGCCUUUUCACUGUUAAUUCUCAACUCAACAACGAAGCCUCGUUCUCUCCAUCUAGGCAACGGCUCCAUCUGAAGAAGUCAUGGGGGAUGCCGGUUUUGUUCCUCUCAUCUGUGGUUUUUGCCCUUGGUCAUACGGUUGUAGCAUACAAGACAAGUUGCAGAGCAAGGAGGAAAAUUUUGUAUCACAGAGUUGACCCUGAAGCUGUUCUUUCAUGCAAAAGCAUCUUCUAUGGCCACCAGAAAGUCCCGCGGUCACCCACUCCUGUGGUUGGCAAGGCCUCCAAGUUUGAUGGAGAAGCAAGGCGAAAGCCUUUGUCCCACGAUGAAGGAGAGCUUCCAGUGAGAUUGCUUGCUGAUGUUGACAGUUUAUUCAUUACAAUCCGAGGGCUCACUGUGCAUUAUAAGCUUUGUGCACCUGGUUCGCCUCGGCAGUCUAUCUCCUCAAAUGUUCUCGAUGCCAAUUCUAGUUACAAUACGCCAGAGACAAUGGCAGGAAGGUUGAAGUUUGACAGGAAAGUGUCGAGCAUGGUUACGAAAAGCCAGCAUCAUCAUCACCACAGGAGCUACAGCAGUUUGUUUAACAAUUCUUCAUUGCACGACCCUCUUCUUGAUGGUUCUCCUACUUCUCCUCUUCUUUUCAAAGAAAUUCAGGAAGGAACGAGCCUAGAGGAUAACAUGAAUGUGUUCAAUUUUGGAGCUGAGGAGCAAAACUUGAGUGAAAGUGGUCAGUUUGGUGUGGUCCUGGUUCAUGGAUUUGGAGGAGGAGUGUUUUCUUGGAGGCAUGUGAUGGGUUCACUGGCUCAGCAGCUCGGCUGUGUUGUCACCGCAUUUGAUAGGCCUGGUUGGGGAUUAACAGCCAGGCCACAUAAGAAUGAUUUGGAAGAAAGACUGCUGCUCAAUCCUUAUACACUUGAAAAUCAGGUAGAAAUGCUUAUUGCUUUCUGUUAUGAGAUGGGGUUCUCUUCAGUAGUAUUUGUUGGUCAUGAUGAUGGAGGUUUACUUGCUCUCAAAGCUGCACAAAGAUUGAUAACAACAAACGAUCCCAUCAAAGUCGUGGUCAAAGGAGUUGUCUUGCUUAAUACUGGCUUAUCAAGGGAAGUAGUUCCAGCUUUUGCAAGGAUACUUCUGCACACCUCACUAGGGAAGAAGCACCUCGUUCGCCCUCUUUUACGCACUGAGAUAGCUCAGGUGGUGAAUCGCCGCGCUUGGUAUGAUCCUGCCAAGAUGACUACAGACGUCCUAAGGCUAUACAAGGCCCCACUACACGUAGAAGGCUGGGAUGAGGCAUUACAUGAGAUAGGUAGACUCUCAUCUGAGAUGGUGCUUGCACCUCAAAAUGCAGCUUCGCUUCUGAAGGCUGUGGAAAACCUGCCAGUGCUAGUCAUUGCUGGGGCCGAAGACGCCCUUGUGCCAUUGAAGUCCUCCCAAGCAAUGGCAUCUAAACUUCUAAACUCUAGACUAGUAGCAAUCUCAGGAUGUGGGCAUCUACCACAUGAGGAGUGUCCCAAGGCGCUUCUUGCAGCCAUGUCCCCGUUCAUCACUAGACUUGUACUUAGGCCAGAUCUCUAGAGUCAAUAGCCAGAUGUCUUCUUUUCCUUGUCGUCUUCUUAGCUUACAAUCGAUUAGUGUCGCCCAAAAAUUUGAGGCCCUGCUAGGUAAAUUCAUCUAAAUAGUGUUGUAACCUUUCGUUUCUCUUGUGUGUUUUAUAUGAUUCGAGGGUAUUUUUCUUUAUUAAACACUUGAAGAUGAGUGUGGCACAGAAUCGUGCAUGUCUCUGUAAAUUUAUCCGGUUUGGAAUACAAAGUAAAUUGCUUU